AUGCAAUCCUCCUUCCGCUACUAUCCAACUGAAUCAUUCUACACCAUUUCAUUUCUUCAUUCUCUUCCUUCUGCAUCCAUGGCUCCUUAUCGAGCUUCAUCUUCACCAAUUGAUCCUGCUUUGGAUCAAAAUUCACCCUUCUUUGUUCACCCCAACGAUGGCCCUGGUUCUGUUACAGUUCUUCCGAAACUCACCAGUUCCAACUAUCAUUCAUGGGCUCGAAGCAUGAAGAGGGCUCUUGGUUGCAAAAUGAAGAUUGAGUUCAUUGAUGGAUCUGUUCUUGUUCUUGUUGAUUCUUUCGAUCCAUCCCUGCGUGCUUGGAACCGCUGCAACAUGUUUGUACAUUCUUGGAUCAUGAAUUCUAUUUCAGAUUCAAUUUCUCAGUCUAUAGUUUUCAUGGAGAAUGUGCUUGAUGUAUGGAACAAUUUGAAAGAAAGGUUUUCUCAGGGUGAUCUCAUACGUAUUUCUGAGCUGCAGCAAGAAAUAUACAAUCUGAAGCAAGAAACCAAAUUAUGUUCCUGUGAAGCUAUGCGCAGUGCAAGAUCUCAUCAUCAGCUAUUGCAAAUUAUCAGAUUCUUGACUGGUUUAAAUGACCAAUUUGCUUUAGUGAAGUCCCAAAUCUUGUUAAUGGAUCCUUUGCCAACUAUGAAUAAGAUCUUCUCCGUGGUUAUCCAACAUGAGCGACAAAUUCAGCUCCUUAUUCCAAAUGAUGAGUCUCAAACACUAAUUAAUGAUGCUGAUUCCAAGAGGUUUGGAGCAAGAAAUAAUGCAUUCAAGCAUGGUGUUCGUGUUUGCAUAUUCUGUGGCAAGACUAACCACACUAUUGAACAUUGCUUCAAAAAACAUGGUGUACCACCUCAUAUGCAGAAACAGUUUCAGAAUUCAGCUAACAAUGUGGCAUCAAAUGGAAAUGAUGAUGGAUCUUCAUCUCAUGGUGCUGACAUUAAAAGUGACAAUUCACCUAUGACUUAA